GCAUGAGCCUCCGUCCGCCGUACCCCAUGGCAAGCGGUGAGAGUCCCACGGCGCGCGGACCAGCGCAAAAGCUCCUUGAUGUUGCUUUUCAUUUUCAAAUUGCAACAGCGAUGACGACGAAGCGCGAGCUAUCGGACAAGACGCUCGAGCGCAACCGCGAGCGGUCCAAGCAAUACUACGCCACGAACCGCGACAAGGUCCUGGCGAAACUCAAGUCCAAAUAUGCGAUGAAGCGCGAGGCCGAGACCCAAGCCUACUAUGAAAAGCACCGGCACUUUUUCGAGAGCUAUUUCAAUGUCGCAACCCCCGAACCUUUGUCGACCAACGGCAAUGAAAGGGUCAACUCGUCGACGCAGGAAACAACGGCUGCCGCGGGCCCUCUGGAUUUGUCCUUUAUCCUGAAUUAAUGUCGUAAAAUUAUCUUCUUUUUCUCUA